CCCACUUCCGUAGCUGCCUAAAGCGGAAUAACGUUACUAAUCCAACGUUAAAUUCCGAAAUUUGAGAAGAACCCCACGGUCACGUUUCUCUUUUUUUUAAAUAAGCAUGAGAGAUGCCUGACAGAUAAGUGUGAUCAGGUCGUGUUGUGUCCGCUGCAGCGCUGUAUCGCGAGCGUUCCUCGUCUUUCGUCGCAGGCAAAGCUAAAGCUAAAGCUAGCGGUGUUGGUAGCUGGUCAGCGGCAGUUGGCAUACUUUAAUAAAAACACCUGAUCCGCAUUUUAUCCAGCGUUAAUUAUAUAUACAUAUAUCAAACAAGGCAGUCAUGGCCACUCGGCGUCUGACCGAUGCCUUCUUGUUAAUGCGGAACAAUUCAAUCCAAAACCGGCAGAUAUUGGCUGAGCAAGUGAGUACAUACGACCCCCGCCUGAGUACACGUAGCAAUGCUGCGGAGCUUGAUGAGAUGGCUGAUGAUCGAAUGGCCUUGGUGUCAGGAAUUAGUCUGGAUCCUGAAGCAGCCAUUGGAGUGACAAAGAAACUGUCCCCUAAAUGGAUAGAGGGGAUUGAUGAGAUCCAGUAUGAAAUUACACGGGUUCGGCAAAAGAUGAAGGAUUUGGCCGUAUUCCAUGACAAGCAUAUGAAUCGACCCACACUUGAUGACAGUAGUGAGGAAGAGCAUGCCAUAGAAAUCACUACUCAGGAGAUUACACAGAUGUUUCAUCGAUGCCAGCGAGCUGUGACGGGCUUGCAGUCUUGUUGUGGUCACUGUACCGAGCAGGAGGAGAGGCUAUUGAGAAACGUGAUCUCAUCCCUGGCACAGAGCCUGCAGGAGCUGUCCACCAAUUUCAGGCACACACAGUCCGGCUACCUUAAGCGUAUGAAGAAUCGUGAGGAGCGAUCAAAGCACUUUUUUGACUCUGGACCAUUAAUGGAAGCGGAUGAAGAAUUGGGUGUAUAUGACAAGGGUUUCACAGACGAUCAGCUGAUGCUGGUUGGCCAGAACAGUGUCAUGGUGGAAGAACGAGAGAAGGAGAUCCGACAGAUAGUGCAGUCCAUCUCAGAUCUGAAUGAGAUUUUCAGGGACUUGGCUGGAAUGGUGGUGGAACAGGGCACCGUUCUUGACAGAAUUGACUUCAACGUGGAGCAGGCUUGUGUGAAAACGGAUGAUGGACUUAAACAGUUACAAAAGGCAGAACAGUAUCAGAAGAAAAACAGAAAGAUGCUGGUCAUUUUGAUUCUCACAGUCAUAGUUAUUGUUCUUAUUUUUAUUCUUUUUGGAACAAAGUUUUAACUAUGCAUUCCUCCGGCGUUUGUUUUCUGUGUUUGUUGUGCAUCUGUGUGGACAUAUUCUACCCCAAACAAAGCUGUCUGCCUUUUCAUACCAGGAAACGUUGAUAAUAAUUCCUCGUCUCUUUGCAGGUGCACUUUGGGCAGCUUGGAGAUAUUUUGUGGUUGAUUUUGAUGAAAGAAAGAAACAAUCAACAAUCCAUCUGAACUGUGGCUAUUUCAUCAAGUGACUGGUGCCCAAAUGGCCAAGACUCUGUCGAACCCCACUAUGUUGACAUAUGUAUUUGUCUUAAAGGAAACACGCUGUGUGGUGUAUACAAAUGGACUAGCAAUGUCUAAAUGCUAAAGCGGCGUUUUCUGCUUGAACUCAAAGCAUGAAUUGUGCCGUUUGUUGUGACAAUGCAUAAUUUCUGCCCAGUAUCAUUGCAAACAUGAUAUUUCUGUGAGGAAGAUGUGACAAGAACGAAUGUUUCUAAAAGACAAAUAUGCAGUAGAUCUCAUUUCACUGCAAAUUGAUUUUCAUUCCUACAUUACAUCUGUCUCGGCUCAGUAUUUUAUCUUGAGAGGCUAAAAUAAAGUGUUUUGUAUUGGGACAGUACCAAAUAUGAUUAGAAUUGUGAUUUAGUACCAAAAAUAUUCCUUUGGUGUCAGGACCACGGUUUCUUUUUUUUAUCCCAUUACUGCACAAUUCCAAAACAAUAUUGAAAUCAUUGUUAAUCCAUUGUCCGCCUCAGGAGGUGGUAGACAGCCAUGGACCUUCUCCAAUUCAUCCUGUAAUUUUAAAAUCAUAACUGUGUCACACCGUAUGCACUUUUCCUGAAGUGCUCAAUUCAAAACACUUAAUUGUUUGUUUGUAUGGUCCUUGUUUAAAGUGCUACCUUUUUUAACUCUUGCAGUUUGCACAUAUUGAGGCCUGAGUGGGGAGGGGGGGGUUAAGUUAAGGAUGUAAUACUACUUUCAUUUGUAUGAUGAAAAUAAUUAUUUAUUUUUCAAUAGCUUCAAAUAAUCAAGAGGUCUGGAGGUGUUCCGUCUCUGGUUGAAUGACUGUAUAUUGAGUUGAGUGUGUCUGUGCUCUCGACCCAACAGUUAUUAUCGACUGAGAAAACUGUUACGUAAUCCAACACUAGCAGACGUAUGAAGACAUUAUUUUUCUUUUCAAAUUGAACACAUUACUUUUUUUUUGUCUGUUGGAAAUUUCAUGUUCUUGUGUUCUAUAAAGACUGACGAGCAGAAAUCAAGAGCUUUAUUUAACAUAUCUGUACUCGACUCUACACUUUAUAUAGCUGUUAAAUCAUCUUUGUCAUUGAUGUAAAGUUGUGUGAAAAAUAUUUAUGUCUUUGUGCUUACAUUUUGUUUUCCCAACGGGUGAGGAGACCAACUUAUUUUCUUCUGUUUUUAAAUAAACCUGGAACAUGAUGGUG